CUUGCUUCUUCUCAUAUUUUUAUGCCUGCACCGUUCCAACUCUCUGCUAAGCUGUACACAUUUGGUUGCCGUCGCCUUGGUCUACUGAGGAAUCGCCACCCCUCCAUCUGCACCCCUGCCGAGCGCCCGCUAUUGCCAGGGCAGCCCCGCCAUCGCCUCGGUCGCCGCGACGUACACACUGCAACGCGCCUUAGCUGCCAGCACUCUCUCUACACUGUCGCUGCAUAUAUAAGGCCUCACGUGCCCUAGCAGUAUAGUCCUUUCAUCACCAGGCUCUGCGAUUGCCACUCGACGAACCUACCCUGCUCUACAUUCGCUUUUCGACGACCCCCGCUUGAUCAUCGACCAAGCUCCAUACAAGCUUCACUCGGCCACAGUACACAACCACCACAGCACGCGAAGAUGACCUCCAGCGCAGCAGGGCUACUGGCCCGCCAGCUCAAGCAAAUGCAAAACGACAAGAGCAUAUCAGGCAUAAGUUGUGGCCUGGUAGAAAACAAUGUCUUCGAGUGGGAAGUCAUGCUCAUGAUCGACGACGACACAAAGUUCUAUGGGGGUGGCUUCUUUCGCGCACGGCUGAACUUCCCAUCCGAGUACCCAAUGCUGCCACCCAAGAUGCGCUUCGAGACACCAAUUUUCCACCCAAACAUCUACCAGAACGGCGAAGUCUGCAUCUCGAUCUUGCACCCGCCCGAAGAAGACAAAUACGGCUACGAGUCCGCCGCAGAGCGCUGGUCACCCGUCCAGACCCCGGAGACAAUCCUUCUUUCUGUCAUAUCUAUGCUCUCAAGCCCGAACGACGAGUCGCCGGCAAACGUCGAGGCCGCAGCGCUGUGGCGAGAGAACACACCCGAGUUCAAGAAGCGCGUCAGAAAGUGUGUACGAGAUAGCUUGGAGUUCGAGUAGACGGUGGAGUAGGAGACGUGGAUCAAAAAGGUCGAUCAGGGCAAGGGGCUGGGGUUACAGAGCUGAAAGACGAACACUAUGGCAUCUCCCACUACUUGAUCAUUUAGGCGUGCAUGGUGGGACUUGAGGCAUGGUUUGCUUAGCGUACAAUGCAUUUAAGAUGCCUCUUAUUCUGGUGGCUCGCUAACGGUGUGCAAAGACCCAUCAGAAAUGUCGAACAGCUCCUGAGCUUGCAUACAUGUCGCCUUGAAGUCCAG